AUGUGUACGGAGUUGUUGGGUUUUAGUCCGCCAAAUGACAAUAAAACAUUGGUGGGGCAAAGAAUUCUCAUCAGCCGACUUGUUGAGGCCGUUGCAGCGCCAUUGCCUCAUGACGCAACGGAGAUGCAGAUACACCGGUAUGCCCGGUGCUAUAUUUUAGCGCUAAUAGGGGACAAACUUUUCAUGGACAAGUCAGGAGAUAGGGUGCAUUUGAUGUUCCUGGACUUCAUGCGUAAUCUUCGUGAUCCGCCACAGUAUAGUUGGGGUAGUGGUUGCCUGGCCUGGUUAUAUAGGGAGUUGUGUCGGGCAAGCGAGAAAGGGGCAUCGCAGAUUGGUGGGGCGUGCACGUUGGUCCAGAAUUGGGCAUGGGCAAGGUUGCCAUUCUUAUGCCCGAGGAUAGAGCCCCCACCUAGAUGUGAUUAUGGCCCAUGGCCAUAUGCUCCACUUGCAUCUAAAUGGGUGCGGGUGCCAAGCUCGAAGAGUAGGCCAUCCGGCAUGGCCUUGGUCCACUAUCGUGAGCUAUUAGUUACAAUGCAGCCAGAGCAGUUUUGA